CAUGGUCCGAUCAUCGUGAGCGUCGAUGCUGUCAGUGCGUGCCGGAAAGGUGUUGUAGACCAGAGGACCCGAAACAAAGAAAACAGCAGUGCAUCUCACAGAACGGCAUGAGCAAGAGGUAGAUCAUUAGUUACGAACGGCUCCAACGAGUUUCGUCAAACUCAGUCCAGAAGUACUCUCCCGCAAUGUUGCGAGACAAGAUUUUUCUGAUAUCAAAUAUCUGGUUAAUAGGACUUGCAUUACAAUGCCUUAUGGCUGCCGCACAUUCCUUCAGUCAUGUGUGCUACAUGAAUGCACCGUCAACUUCGCCGGAUACGUUGUCUAUAAACGAGGUGGAUGUGGACCUCUGCAGUCACAUUAUCAUGGGAUUCGCCACAUUGAACAGAAACUCCACUGUGAACUUGAAUCCCCUCGGUGGCUACAAGGAUCUUGCAACGUUUGCAGCUCUCCGCGAGCGCAAGUCCACGCUGAAGCUGAUGAUCUCUGUAAAAGGUGAUAGUAACAUUAAGGAAAUGCUGUGGGGUGCUUCCAGGAGGCAAAGGUUCGUUCAGUCUGUUGCGUCGACGCUGAGAGCGGCAAAUCUAAGCGGGGUGGACUUGGAUCUGAAGCUACCAAACAUCCUCUACGCCUUUAAAUACGUAAAGUUGCUGGAGGAAUUACAUAUGGAGUUGAAGAAAGACCCCAAGCAGCCUCUUCUGCUCUCAGUUGCUUUGCCAGCGAAAGUAUGGCUCCUAGGGGAAAUAUACCGUGUCCGCUCUCUCAAGCGGUGGGCCGAUUUCGUGAACCUGAUGACGUACGAAUUUAACACGUAUCACCGGCUCAAGCCCUGGGUGAAUCACAACAGCCCAUUAUAUCCUAGGUCUCCCGCACUUCCGUAUUUUCGCAGGCUCAACGUGGAAUUCAGCGCGCAACUUUGGGUGAAAAUGGGCUUGCCUAAGUCCAAGAUCAUGGUGGGCAUUCCAACCUUUGGUCUUUCGUGGGUGCUGCGUAACCCCGAUUCCUGGCAGAUCGGGUCCCCUGCCACAGGACGAGACAUGCGCAACGGUGGCUACGUCAGUUUUGCGGAUGUGUGCUCAUUAUUAAAAAACGGCACACAAAAGGAGUACGAUGACAAGGCCAUGGUACCAUACAUGCACAAAGGCAAGCUAUGGGUUAGCUAUGAUGACCACCAUAGCGUGGCAUUAAAGGGUUACACCUACCAUUUUUUUCCAUCGCUCGCUGCGUCGUCCUCAAUUUAAGUUGAUCCCUCUUUGUAAGACUCCAGGAUUUUCUGCUCCGUAGACGGAAUGGAUCUUCCUCAAUGGAUACGGAGGCACGAUGACGUACAACCUGAACUUCGAUGACUGGUCGGGAAAAUGUACGAAUAUAACGUUUCCUCUCCAAAGGACCAUAUAUAGCCACAGAUAUCGCAGACGUGAAUAUAUUAACAAAGCUGAAAAGUGAGAGGUUU